UAUAGCGCCAGAGAUGAAAGAAAGAUGGCGGCCUACAUUGAAGUUAAAAAUACACCUAGUCUACUUGUCACUUUCCUUAGCUUUCUGAUGUUGUUCGGUUGAUAAAGUGAUUUUAAAUGUGUUUGAACGGUUCAAGAACCGCGAUUCCCAAUUGUUAAUUGCUGUGGAAUGAAGAUAAUGUUUUGAAGUCGUGACUUUAGGAAUGGUUGGACAAUGAAAAGGCAGCAAUAGCCCCAAAACCAGCAUGAGUACAGCCAUGGCAGGUACAUCUCUUUAUCAUGUUGAUGAGACGUCCUGUGGACCCCUAUGCCAACACCCCCAGUGCUGGGCCUCAAACCGACGCUGUGAAAGAGGGCUCCCUCGUGUGACAGAACCAGUGGCGACCUCGUGGGACUCGGAGGGAAGUGAAGGUGCGUUACCAACUCUGAAAAUACAGAAUCUCCUGACAGACUCUGGCUUGGACACUCUACUUGGACGAUUCCCUACGCAGAGAUUAAGGCAGUCCGAGGCUUCACUGCCUUCGCCAAGACACCAACGUAGCUCCUCUGCACCAGCUGUAAACUUUAACUCCAAACCUAAGCAGUUCCCAUACACACCCUACACCUCCCCUCUUGGGGUGAGGUCCACCAGCGCCCGGUCCAUGCCCGCCUCCAUCACCGGGCAGCAGCUGCAGAACAAGGCCAGGUCAGUGGAGGUCAGGGAACUGUUUGAAGUGGACGAACUCAACAGCGAUUGGCAGAAUGCCUUCGUGCCCGCUCAUGUCUACGUCUGGUGCCCAUCCAAGAAAGCAUAUGAGCGUCAGUUGACUAAAGAGAGGGAGCCGACCAUAGCUGGGAAAAAUGAUGAAAACGAUGUUUCUAAAUCAAUCACAGUGAAGGACAUGACAGACUCGAUGGUCCCAAAAGCACCGAAGGACAAAACAAAAAGAAACAAGAAAAUGAAGAAGAAGGCAUCCCGAAUAACGCCCACCGGAGGACGUCCAUACACGCAUCCUAGUCGAUCUCCUCUCAUCCAACGAAGAACCUUGCCAAUUGAUAUGGAUGAAAGCAUUUCUCAACUUCUGAAUCUUCCAAGAGAUAUCUUAAUGGAUGUACUUGUGCACAUUCAAAACAGCGAGUCGCUGGACAGAGCCAAAGUGCAGGUCCUCUUGAACCGUCUCAUGCCACUGAUCCAUUUCGACCAGAGCCAGCCGGGUCACCGAGCGCUCUCUCCGACCCCCCUCCUUGCCAGCGGAAUCCUCCAGAACAAGAAGAUGAGCAUCCAUGAAGGGCGUCAGCGUCUCGGUGACCGGGAGCAAGAGGCUGCCACUGGAGCGAAGAAUCCAUUCUAUCUGGACGAUACUGUUCUGUCUGCGAUGACGACGUCGACGUAUACCGCCCUCACACAGCAGUUACCUGCGGAGGAUGCGCAGCAAGAGGUGCAAGAGACUGGCAGGAUGGCUCGUCAGCAGCCACUGGGACCCAUCCAGGCUGACAAGGUAGCCCCUCUACCCAAAGUUUCCCAUUUUAGAAACAAGCCAACGUCAGUCUCGACAAAGAGCCUACCACCACUAAUCCCUGGCGCCAAACCAACCAAGCCCUUCGACUACAAAGGAGCCAAGUCACUGGAUCUUACCCUAGGGCCACUUCCAAGUCCCGAACUGCUCUCCCCUGAGAAGCCAUCAACACCCCGCUCUGAGAAGGCGUCCACCUUAUACGUGACCCUCCCUUCUGUCCCCUCACCGGACAGGACGGACUUGAUCACUCCUCUUCAGCCCUAUGGGAAGCAACCAAUUACUGGUGUUCCGUUUAGGUUUACCAACUACCUGCGGGACACGCCUUCGCUGAUUGCCAGCGAAGAUUUUCAACCCCUCCAUGCCGUAUCGCCAUCUCUGUCCACUGGUGUGCCUCAAGCACCACUGGGUACUCCCGCUACAAACAUUUACCAUCCUUCGAAAAUGCGUUCUCCGAGCCCUACCAAGCAAGGGUACCAAGGAAUCCCAGAUCCUUAUCAAAGAGACGUCAACACCGCCCCUGACCUUUCAAAUCCAGAAGCCCUGGGCACCAUCCAAGAGGUGCACAGCACAAUGACAACCUCCUACCUAGAUACAUCAGCAAUGGGUACCAGUCGUAUGACCUCACCCAUAAAGCAGUUCACCCCCGUCUCAACCCCGUGGGGCAACUGCACAAGCAUCACUGCGGGUCCGGUGUCUGACAGAGCCAGCCGGUCCCCAGUUCCACCGAUGACCCCUCGCCCGUCCACGGCAACACCGGACUUCUGGCCUGAAGUAGAUGAAAGGGACUACAUGACAUCGCCUGAGAAACCACGGGAGACGGCUUCAAGCCAAACGAACGACAUGACGACACCAACUGCCCCUCCGCCGUCACCGGAACCUCAAGACUUGAAAAGUGACUUUGAUUUUGCGGUCAACGACAUGAGUAAAAGCGCUGUGACAACGUCAUUGACGCCUCUUGUGGAGGAAGGUGAAGAAGAAGAAGAAGAAGAAGAAGAGGAAGAAGAAGAAGAAGAAGAAGAAGAAGAAGAAGAAGACGAGGAAGAGGAAAAAAAAAGCAAAGAUAUUGUAGAUGGGAAAGUAGUAAAUAAGAUCACAGAGGGUGAUCAAAACAUUGAAGAAGGAAAUCAGGACACCCCUGUUGGCCAGGAACAUCCUACCAACUCUGAAGAUCCUACUUCUGAGAAUCUAAAUAAAAACUCCACCGAUGCUCCAGAGAGGGAAACAGGAACUACAGAUGUAGAAAGCACAGAACAAGAUCAUACUGCAGAAAAUGCUGGUGCAAGUUCUUUAGAGAUGAUUGAACCUGCUGAGGGACUAAAUGAUAAUUCAGACGAACAGAGUGGGUUGAAUCUUGACACAAUUCAGGAAGGUUUGGAUAAUACGGAUGUGGGGGAACAAACAGCAGCGACCACAGAGUUUGUCAAACCUGAUGACUCUUCAGUGAAUACGGAAGGCAUAACUGCCGCGGAAACUUCAACCGAUGCUGCUCUCCUCAAGGAAGAAGCUGUACCUGGUUUCAGCCAAGAGCAAGAUGAGAGUUCAACCAAUCAGGGUGCCAGCAUCAACGCAGAGACAACCAACGGCAGCGCAGAAGAGGGUAUUGACCCAGUCCUGUCAGCUAACGAGGGCCAAGAAGUUAUAACUUCAGAACAUGGAACUGAAAAUCCCCAAACAGCCAAUCAGAAUACUGGAUUUGAUGUUAACUCGGCUGUCUUAACCAAUGGGGAUGAAGCUCUCUCAGAUUCUGAAGAGGACGCCAUCAAACCCCAAACAGCCAAUCAGAAUACAGGAUUGGAUGUCGACUCUGCCGUGUUAACCAAUGAGGAUAAAGCUCUCAUAGACCAUGAAGGGGACACUAUCGAUCCCCAAACAGCCAAUCAGAAUACAGGAGAGAAACGAGACCCUGACAUAGCAACCAAUGAGGGCCAAUCUCUCAUAUCUUCAGAGCAAGAGACCAAUGAAGGUGGAAAUUUCAGCGCUGGUGACGAUAAGGGACAAGAUGCAGAUAAUCGGGAGCAAGAAAAUGCCUCCAUGGAUAAGGGAGAAGUUGGAGAAAAUGUGGUACAAAUUUAAAAUGUUGUUUGUAAAUAAUUUGAAGCUUGCUGAAGGCUUGUAACUAGGAAUGGGCAAUAGGAGACUUUCCAACACUAGGUGGCAGCAGACAUACCGGGUAAAUUUCCAUUGUUUACGUAGUUCUGAA